UGAUUGAAGCUUUUUUUUUAAAUGUGGAUGAAUCAGCAAUCCGUGUCAGAUUAUAGGAGGACAGUUCACCAUUGUUUUCUUUAAACUGUAGAAUUGAUUACAAUCCAGAAGGAAUUGUAUGGGUUUAGAGGGGCGUCUCAAAGCCACGAGGAAAUCCCCUUUCAGUCAUCCAGCAUUUAAACCCUCUGCAGGUCGAUGCCUCAUCCAGCUCAACUGUACAGCACAUCAAAGAGAACAACUUCCAGCCUCUGAGAUGAAUCUCAGCAAAGCGUCACUGCUCACCUUGGUUAGUGCCAUUGUUAUUUAUAUAAGUACAGAGAAAUGCAAGGCAUCUGUACCUACCUUUCAACAUGAAGGUCUAACCUGCAGUCGCUGCCCUCCAGGACAACAUAUGACACUGCAUUGUACAAAAGACAAAGAUACUGUGUGUGCACCCUGUUCAGCUAAUCAUUAUACACAGUUUUGGAAUUACUUGAAAAAAUGUCAAUACUGCAACAAUUUUUGCAAAGAAAAUCAAAAUGUUAAGCAUGAAUGCAAUGCAACUCACAACAGAGUGUGUGAGUGCAAAGAUGGCUAUUUCUGGGAAUAUGAAUUCUGUAUGAAGCAGAAAGCAUGCCCUCCUGGAUAUGGAGUUAAAACAGCAGGCACUCCAUACAGCAAUACUGUUUGUGGGAAAUGUGCACAGGGUUUCUUUUCAUCAAUAACUUCUGCCAAAACACAAUGUAAGAGGCACACAAACUGUACCGAACUGGGCUUAAAGCUGGAUAUCCCUGGUACUGCCUGGCAUGACAAUUUGUGUAGCCCCUGUCAGCCCCAUGGCUCAGAAGAGGAUAGUACAGAGUGUGAAAAGGCGCUCUUUAACUUUGUGGCACGUCAAAAUAUUGGCCAACGGAAAGUGUUCAGUCUUGGGAAGGUUCUCCUCAAUAAAACGAGAAAAAGCAUGCUUCAAACAUGGAAUGACAAGGAGGAGCAGCAACAAAUCAUGCUUCUCCUUCUCGAAUGGAAGAUGCAACAGAGUGCAAAUGUAACUGCAGAAGCUUUAAUGAAAAUUCUGAGGGCUGCCAAACUUAAUAAGGUUGUAAAAAAAUUGUCAAGAAAGUUCCUCAGACAAAAGUUCAUUGCGGUGCAGGAAAAUUGUGCUGUCUAUACAAAUUAAUGGGCAGCAAUGCGUUGGAGGAUGCAUUUAGCACUUAUUGAUCUAAUCGUUUUAUAAGUAAACAGAUCUAGUUUAAAACAAAAUCACGUUGCUGCCAUUCUCUCACAACACUUAGCUGAUACAUUGUCUUGUGUAUUUGUAUAUUUAAUUUUCAUUGUGAAUUUCAUGAUUGUUCCCAUUGCUUUCUUCAUCCUCAUACCUAAGGCUAUCAGAAUCAGCACAUUUUUGUCCUGUAGCAUAAACUAUCAUUUGAAAUUUGGCAUUCUUGUUGUAAAAUGUCCCUUAGCAACUGCUAAGCCUUUGUAACCACAAUUGUACAAGAACUUAACAAAAAUUCCACUUUAGUGAUAUUGAAGCAGUCAGUUCUUGUAAUUUUGAUCAAAAUAUAUCAAUUUAGUUUUGUAUUUUUAUGGGAUACACUUGCAAAUUGGCUCUUCACUAUCUAUGAUUGAAUUUUCAGUCCCCAGAGAUGGCAGGAAAUGGGAAAUAAUUGGGUGAGUUUGCCUGAGAAAGAAAGAGAACCCUUUCUCACCAACUUGACAAUUAAAUGCUGAAGAAGAUAGACUCAAGACUUUCAACUCACCAGCAAUUAAGGCCCUAAAGUGGUCAAUCAACAGUGGCGAGAAAACCAGAGUGACCUGCCUCCUAAGUUUGGCUUUCAACUGCUCCAAUUUGGGGGCAAUCAGAAGCAAGGAUGGUCAACAAUAGGAUGGCCUCUGAAACCCACACUCUGCGCCUUGAUUCCCAAAACCCCCAUCCUAUGAGAAGAGAAAAAGAGGUCUACCUUCUCGCCACUGGAUGUCCUGUAGAGUAGACUUUGACUGGAGAUCAUUAAGACCCAGAAGCUGCUGGCCGCUACUUUCUGACACACCAAUUUUGAAGUGCCUGAUAGGGAAGUGCAUAGUCAAGUUUCCUGCCCUUAUCAACCUUUAAUGAGAUGAUGAGUGCGCAAGGCAAUGAAUUAUCUUGUCUGUUGUGGUGGCAUGUUAGUCACCAAAUAACACAUUCACCACUAUAGUGCAAAUAAAAAUGGGAAAAUCUCAGCCCUAGAUAUUAUUAGAUUUAACGUGUAUCUUUGUGUUAUGAAUUUAUUCCGUAUUCACCAUUGUCAAUAAUAUGUGCUUUCAUGUUUUGACAAUUGUUAAGUUUCCUGGCUGUCCAAGUUCUAUUGUUUUCAUGAGUGUUUUUUCCAUUUGUUUGAUGCGUUUAACAAAUUUAUUAUUCUAAUGUGCAUAAUAUAUGCAUUUUAAUACAGUAACUGGAGCUGUCCAUUCUGUUUACAAAUAUCUGAAAAAAAAUUUAAUCAGAAGUGUAUUUUUAAUCACUACGAAUUGUGAUUUUUUUUUACUGCUUUCUUUAGAAAAGGUGUUUUUGACAGAAGAGUGUAGAAGAAACAUUGUUACAGGACUGAGAGAAAUUGUCAUUUAAAGUUAGAGGUCAUAUUAAAUUGAAAGUAGCUGCAUGUAUAGAACAUAAAUCCCACAGUUGUCUACUUUAUAAACCAAUGGCUAGGGUAACGAGGAAACAUUUUAUAACAACUAUUUUGAUGUUUAAGAUUGGUGUAAACACAAAUCUUUUGUGUAAAUCUAGCAUUUAAGUUCUUAAACAAUAAGAUAUCAGGCUCUCAGUUGAUUACACUAUUGAAUUGUAGCAAAAACAGUAGCCAAUAAAUCACCCAUGCUAUAAAUUUGCAACAGAUACAGUUGCAUGCUAAUUCAGAACACUGAUACAUCAAUGGAUCUUAAUGAUAAUAUAACACAUCGCAAUAACGUUUGCUGUAAAAUAUGGAAUUUCCGAUUGAUUGGCUGACACUAUUGCUCAUCAAAUUUAUCUUUGAAAAGUUAAGAGCUUUAAACAAGGAGAUACAGGUUGUAAAAUCAGUCCACAAAGAAAAGUUAGCAAUUUAAUCAAAAGUUAGGAUGUUCUCCACAUUUCCCUCCUCACACACUUUCUCUUGCUGCAUGGUAUUCCUUAGGUAAAAUUGUGGGCAACCAACUCUCUGCGGUGCUAAUCUGAAACUGACUUAAUGUCAGAAUUGCUCCCAGUGCCACCAUCAUUUUCUUUUUGUUGUACCCCCAAGUUUAACUCUGCAUCUCCUUUGGUCCCGUUAAAAUUAGGAACUCCAGCAAAGAAAGAGACUACAAUGCACAAAAGUUGAGACCUGAAUGCAUGUUUUCUGCAUUUGAAAACCACCUUUUCCGGGACAUUAUUUGUGGGGCCUUAUCUCAGUUGUACAUUAAUUGGAAACUUUGUGAGGAAAUACAGCUUGCCCC